AUGCGUCCUUCGUUCAAAGCGUUUCUUGGUGGUUUGAGCCUACUGUCCAUUCAAAUUAGGGCUGUUCAUGGCCAUGCGGUCAUUAUUGCAGUAGCAGGAGACAAUGGUGUCACGGGUGCCGGAUUUGGUAUGGUCAGCUCCGUUCCUCGCGAUGGAACCGACGAACAGCCUUUCCAAAUCGAUACUUCAGUAUUCAAGAAUCUGAUUGCUGAUCCCUGUGGUGCGACACUCGCUGGAGGGAGCGUUAAUAUUGCCAACUCCCUCGCUGCUGCCGAAAAGGCCGGCAAUGGUCAACUUCCAGCUCUAACCGAUGACAUGGUCGCUAGUAUAACGUUGCACCAGGUCAACGGAGAUGGAGGAGGUCCAUUUACCGCCAUGUUCAACGCUGACGGUACCGGCCUCAAAUGGCAGAAUGCUACUGUCGUCACACAGGCCCCAGGAGAGAAUGGCCUGCUUGUGGGUGGGCCUUUCAACUCUUUGUUCGAGGCCCAGCUUCCGGCCGGGACUAAAUGCACCGGGGGUACCAAUGGCGAUGCGUGUCUUAUUCGCGUUUCAAACGGCGGUGCAGCAGUUGGAGCGGGUCCAUUUGGCGGUUGCUUUGCGGUUCAAAUGCCAAACAACGGGGGAGGAAAUUCUACUACUGGUAACGGCACUGGUGGGAAUCGUAGCGGACGCAAUCGCAAUAACCAUAAGCUUCAGCGUUCGAAUGACAUAUCACAGCUGAAACGCCAGAUUCAACGUCUCGUUCGUCGCUUGUCGAUUAGUCCCAGCGAGGCUAAUGACUUGAUCACUGCGGCGGGUAGCGCGCUCAAUGUUCCUAUUGAUCUAUUGGCCGGACAAGAUGAUGCGUCUCCAAAUGGCGGGAAUUCCACGACUGCCAAAAAUGCUGUUAUUUCGGUCAAGCAGGCAGAGCAGCUCAAAGUGGCUGUUAAGGAUGCGGUUAGCAAGGCUAUCGAAAUGAUGGCAACUGGUGCUGUGACACCCACAAGCGGAGCAGUAGCGACUCAAGUCAAUUCCAAUCCGGACCUUGCAAUCACGCGUAACCAAGAGAUGAGCGCCUCGUUCUCUUCAAGCCUCGCCACGUUUGUGUCGGAGCCCGUGGGCCAACCGGCUGGUACAGCGAUCAUCACCGCUACUGCUACCGGGGGUACCGGUGCUACUAGGACCACCGCAGCACCCACUGCUACCUCAACCUCAACUCGCGGCAAUGGAAACGGUCGAAACCGCAACAACAACGGAAACGGAAACGGAAACGAAACGGAAACGGACAUGGCGGGAACCGAAACCAAAACCAGAACAAUCGCAAUGACGCUAACGGGGAUGGCACCAACCGUAAUGCAGACACGAACCACCAAGUCAUUUACUCUCUUUGACAUUCAAUUUAAAUCUACAAAUCACACCACACCCCUGAUCGUGAUGGACUUUGCGAGGAGAGAUAUGCUCGUUGAGCGGAGAUUUGAGGUGAUAGGCGCGGGCCCCAGGCUAGGAAAAAGGCAAGAUCCGGAGCCAACAACUACCGAAUCAACGCCUGCUCAAACUCCAACAUCUUCAACGCCUCCUGGAACCACUAGUAUUCUGCCGACUAGCACUACCCCAACUGCUUCGACCGCACCGAUCGAAACUACUACCAGCCCAACCAGUCCUACCAGUAGCGAUCCUGUCAGCACCCCUGUCAGCACUCCCACCAGUACUACUCCCGUCAGCACUCCUGUUACUUCAGGGCCUUCCACUCCUAUCGAAACCUCCCAACAAUCUACCCCCACUUCUGCCUCCCCUACUUCUCCUACGGACCCGGCUCAGACUAGCUCAGCUGCGUCUCAGUCUUCUCCAUCGGCAACCUCAGAGAUUUCGACAUCUGCUGCUGGUACUACGAAUGCUCCACACCGUACCGUUCUGUCCACCUCGACUUCUGUCGGGCCCACCGCUUCUCCAUCAAAUUCAGGCUCUUCCAAUAACACCGGUGCGAUCGUUGGGGGUGUAGUAGGGGGUGUUGGGGGUUUGCUUUUACUCAUAGCUUUGCUGUGGUUCAUUCGGCGGAAAACGCAUAAGGACAAAUUCGAAGAAAAUAUGUUCGCUCCGGAUCGGAACGUGGAUAGGCGGGAAAUGGAUCUCGCAGGAGAUGAUGUUGAUGACCCCGAAGCGAUCGCACGGCCCUACCAUCUCCCACCUUCUCCGACCCGGAAUGAAAUGGCAAUGUCCGCUGGUUCGCAGCCUCUUUCCGCGCAAAGUCACGGCCGGCCAUUGUCUGAACUUGAUGAAGCAACCUCGGGAAUGUCUCGACCCACCUCGGGGACGAGCUAUUAUACACAGCCUGGUUCUGGUAUGGGGAUGCCUAUGCCUAUGUCCAUGACUAUGCCCAUGCCCAUGCCAAUGUCCCGCGAUCACAUUGCCUAUACGCACUCACGGGCCAAUUCAACACACGAUCACCUCACUCAACCAUCAGAGCCCGCCACGUCGGAGGGCGGUUCAUCUUCGGCCCGCCUUAUGAAGGACCGCGAGGCAAGGCGCCUCCACGUGGCCAACGACAAUGAGGUAAUUGUACAUACAGACGGUGGCCGGGUGGAUGAAGAACCCGAGGAAGAUGCUCCGCGGGAAAUUCCACCAACGUACGAAUCUAUUGGCGGUCCGUCGGGGGCUCGGUAG